AGCUUUCCCAAACAUUUCUUUUGUUGAAAUAAAUUACUUCUACUCUCAAAUCCCUUAGCAUGGCUGCUUCAUUGCACUAUUAUGGUGUUCCACUUAGACCUCCCUGCCAUCCAUCUUCUUCUUCGCCGCAUUUCCAUUCCCAUUCCCAAUGUCUAUUCACUAUACAGCAUCUUAGUACCUCUUCUCAUUUGCGUUCCCCUAUAGGUAAAAUUUUGAGGCUCAGUCGCCAGGGAACUAUUCUUGAUACAAUUAAACAAAGUAAUGAGACUGAAAAUCCGAGUUUAGGCAAAGCCAACAACCAACUGACGUGUGUUAUGAAGUUUGGACGCUCAUCCGUGGCCUCUCCUGAGAGGAUCAGAGAGGUUGCAGCGGUUAUCCUCAGCUUCCCCAAUGACAGGCCAGUAAUUGUUCUCUCUGCUAUGGGAAACACAACAAAUAAGCUUUUGUUGGAGGGAGAGAAGGCUAUUAGCUGUGGAAUCACUAAUGUGGAAACCAUGGAUGAGUUGAGUUUCAUAAAGGACCUGCAUCUUCAGACUGUAGACGAGCUUGGAGUUGAGAGGUCAAUAAUUGAAGGACACCUGGAAAGAUUGGAACAGCUUCUAAAGGGAAUUGCUAUGAUGAAAGAGUUAACCCUGCGAACGCAAGACUACUUAGUUUCUUUUGGGGAGUGCAUGUCAACAAGGAUUUUUGCUGCAUAUUUGAAUAAAAUUGGAGUUAAAGCCCACCAAUAUGAUGCCUUCGAUAUUGGUUUUAUUACCACAGACGACUUCACAAAUGCUGAUAUUCUGGAAGCAACCUAUCCAGCUGUGGCAAAAAGGUUAAAUGAUGAUUAGCUCAGUGAUCCUGCAAUUCCGUUUGUCACUGGUUUCCUGGGAAAGGGCUGGAGAUCUUCCGCAAUUACUACAUUAGGUAGGGGUGGUAGUGAUUUGACAGUGACAACUAUUGGGAAAGUAUUGGGCUUGCAAGAGAUUCAGGUAUUUUCAAUCUUUGAAGAUCUGGGCAUCUCAGUGGAUGUUGUAGCAACCAAUAAAGUUGGUAUUUCCUUUUUCUUCUAUUUUUUAAAAUUUAUUUGAUUUACUAGGAUAUUUUGUUGGCUGUGGACUAAUUUAUUUCUCCAUUGGUUGCUAUUGAUUUGAAAUCAGUUGAAAAGUUUCUGUGCGAUGUCCUUGCCGCACAGAAGGAGCUGAAGGUGAUAGAGUAGAUGGAACAGAAGAGAUGCUGCCCAGAUUUGGUUGAGAACAGCAGGUGGUUGUUGAAGAUGCUAAAAUUUCUCUCAGAGGAGUCCAGAUCAAUCAAAGAGCUAAAGUUAA